AAUUGGCGAAGUCCAAUGGAUUUUAUCAUGAGAGCACUGGUAGUUUUCAUGGUGGGCUUCUGCCUACCUGCCCAUCUAGGAGCUCAACUCGAAGUGGGUUUCUAUGACGACAAAUGUGCAGCUGCAGAGUCUAUUGUUGAGGAAGAAGUGAGGGGGGCGCUUAACGUGAACUCUGGAUUUGGUGCUGGACUCAUAAGAAUGCAUUUCCAUGACUGUUUUGUCAGGGGUUGCGACGGGUCUGUCCUCAUCGACUCCACGGGAUCGAACAGAGCAGAGAAAGACUCUCCUGCCAAUAAUCCUAGCCUGCGAGGAUUUGAGGUGAUUGAUAGAGCAAAGUUGAGAUUGGAAGGGACUUGCAAAGGGGUCGUUUCAUGCGCUGAUAUUCUUGCCUUUGCAGCAAGGGACAGCGUUCAGGUGCUAUCAGGGUUCUACUACGACGUCCCAGCAGGGAGAAGAGACGGAAGGGUUUCCUUGGCCUCGGAAGCUGACACCAAUCUGCCACCUCCGGUGUUUACCCUUUCUCAACUCACUCAAUUCUUUGCAGCCAAAGGCCUGACUCAAGCAGAAAUGGUCACGCUCUCUGGUGCCCAUGCAAUCGGCCGUUCACAUUGCACCUCCUUUGGAAACAGAUUAUACAGCUUCAACACUACAACAGCCCAAGACCCGAGCCUUGACCCCACUUAUGCAGCUCAGUUGAGGAAGCAAUGUCCUCAGAACCCUAAUGCUACUCUGGUUGUUCCCAUGAACCCUGCUGCUCCUUACAGCUUGGACAACAGCUACUAUUCCAACAUACUGGCCAACCGAGUACUUUUUACAUCUGAUCAGACACUCUUAUCUAGCUCAUCGACUGCUGGACUGGUAAGCCAGAACUCCCGCAGCCCAUAUCUGUGGUUGAAUAGGUUCGCGGACGCCAUGAUCAAGAUGGGCCAAAUUGGUGUUCUCACUGGUAAUGCAGGAGAGAUCAGGUCCAAUUGCAGGGUUAUCAAUUGACGAGUCAUGCAUGGAUUUUUAAAUUAAUAGAAGUGUGUUCUUGUUUAGGUUCUACGUUUUUUUUUUCCUUCUAAAGUUUCUCAUGAAAUACUGUGAGCUUGUAACAACUAAAAGAUGAUAAUGUUGCAGUGUGAUGAGACUAUUCUGUGAA